GUUCCGAGUCGAAGGGUUUCCAAGUCUCUUUCUGCUCUGUGUCGCGCCGCCAUGUCAGGCUUCCAGCCAAACCGCUCUCUGCUAAAUCCGCGGUUCGAAGGCUACAAGCUCUCUCCAAUUGCGCAGGAGCAGGCCGUCGCCCACUACGGCCUGCAGUACAAGCCGUCGCAGACCAAUGUCUCCGGUCGCUCGCACGUAACCUUCCAAGAGGUGCAGAGUAGGAUCUCUCACAAUCAUCUAGCACUCUGCAAGCAAGAUGAGAGCGCAGCGUACAUUGAUGGUGAGCUCCGAGUUGUAUCGAUCAAAUUGAGCGAGGCUACUCUAGAGCCCGGAAUACGUCUGUUGUAUGAGCUCCCGAAACCUAUCUCUUCCCCAGACGUCGACUCGCCCCAGCCCGAGUAUCCGUCUGCGGGGUUCCUGGACUCUACAUCGCUCUUCGUCUCGGACGGCUAUGGUUCCCUUUACGCUCUGAGUAUCCCUAGCACCGGUCUUGCCGAAAUUGUUGGAACAUUCGAGCUUGCUAUUCCCGCUGUCUUUGGCUCUUCCAGAGGUGUCGUCCCUUUCAGGAUCCACCAUGUCGCCCAGACAUCGCCGGACGCAGCAGUCAUCAUCCUCUCUUCCAAGCACUAUCCUAAGGAUGUCCAGCCGGUAAGCAAUGGGACGUCUAGCAACCGUCGUGCACAACACAAGAGCCCAGAAUUUGACAUAUGGGCGGCUCGGUUCACUCUACCUAUCACCCCAGUCGCAGACCAAACACGGUCCAUUGACAUCCUCUGGCAUCGGCGUGGUGACGAUGUCCCCAUUUACACAUUCUACGACUCUGCCCGCCAAUCAUUCAUGCUUGUUGGCGCGUCCUAUCGCACCAUCGACAUCGCUCCCGUCCCUUCAUACACGCCCACAGCCGACGAAGUCGCCCCGAUCCCACGCGCAAACGAGAACCUCGACGACGCGACUCCCACCAACGCCCCGCAAAAGCCUCCCCCCUACUCCUGGACGCAAACCUCCGACAGCGUCACAGUCGCGAUCCCACUCCCCUCCAGCACACCCACAGACGCGAUCAAAGUCGCCUUCUCCCUGCGCACGCUCACCGUCUUCGUGCGCGACACCAAGCCGGGCGGCGAGGGGGAGACCCCACCGCCGCGGUACGACAUGAAGCCGCUGUGGGACCACAUCCAGUCCGCGACGAGCAUGUGGACGUUCGACCGCGCGGCGGAGCGCAAGUACGGCGUGCUCACGCUGCACCUCGACAAGGCGCACGAGGGCACGCGCUGGCCGCAGGUCUUCGCCGUGGCCGGCGCGACCGCGCCCGCGCUCGGGGCAUCGUCAAUGGCGGACGACGACGAGGAGGUCCCCGAGACGCUCGACCCGUCCGAGCUGUACGCGAUCCGGGAGGCGCUCGAGAAGUACACGGCCGCGCUCCAGAGCGGCGAGGACGCGAGCGGGCUCGGGCUCGGGCGCGGCGUGCCGAGCCUCGCGAAGGAGGAGAUGGACGAGGAGCUAGACGUGAACGUGGGCCGCACCGCGUGCGUGACGUGCGUCGGCUUGGACGGGGGUGCAGACAGCACGAGCCAUGGCGAUGAGGCGCCGCUACAGGUGCUCUCGACACCUUUCCCGGGAACGGACGCGGACAGGCCGAGCCUGGUGGUGAAGACCGGACUGGACGGGUUGGUGUACGAGCUCGGGGCGCCAGAGGAGAAGCCAGGGUGGAAGCACACGGCGACCUACUCUGCGCUCGCGUUCGUCCUCGCGAGCAAGCGCGACACGCGCUCCACGUACCACGUCUCUUCGCAGGCGGUCUUCGCCUUUGAGAGCGGAUCGAGAGACCUUGGCGGGAACGUAUACGUCUACCGUGGCGCACCAGCGAAGGAGAAGUGGGCGAAGCAGGCCGUGCUCAAGGUGGGGGGCGGGUCUGCUGGGCCGCUGCUAGGUAUCGGCCUCGUGAAGGUUGGCCCAAAUGCUGAACCUGUCAUCAUUUGCCUCUGCGAAGGCGAGCUGGUGCUCCUGCGGAACGUCCUAUGACACCGCAGAUAUGCCAGUCACGAUGAGAGGAUGCAGGAAAGAAGUGAUUGCCGAACUAUACACAGAGACCGAGGGCAUGUAUGUAUUAACUCCAGUCGUACGCGUAAUCAUCAUGGAAUGCUAGCCUGGUUGAUACACCG